AUGAGGAAUGGAAACUUUCCUAACAUGCAAUGUGGGGAGAGCGUGACAAUUGAAGGCCAAACUUAUACCAUAUCAGCUGUAACUCAUCGUUACCAACUCCGGAAGGGGAAGUAUGAAGCCAGUGAGCAGAGACUUGAUGUUUUGUCCACAGGAAGAUACAUUUUGAAUUUGUAUUUGGAAAAUUUAUUAGAACAAUCUUGA